AUCUACUUCGUUUACUCGCCAUGGAUGAUAUCAGCACUCUCCCAUGGCCGUUCUUUCCCUCUCUGCACAUCCAACUAAACCUCCGCAAUACCCUAACCCUAAUUCUAACUCCAAAACGUUUGACAGAUUCGAAACUACGAGUAUCUGCAACUUAUCCAAGCGGGAUUUUGCUCUCAAGACCGCUGCAAUUUCCAUUGUCUCCCUAAGCCUAGUUUUAAAGUUCCCGCUGGGGAACUCAAUCGCUUCUGCGGAAGAGGCGACUUCAAAGAAAUCGAUUCUAUCUGGCAUUUCGAAUACGAAGUCGUGGUUUCAAUUCUUCGGUGAUGGAUUUGCCAUUCGCAUACCGCCUCUGUUCGAAGAUAUUAUGGAACCAGAGGAUUACACUGCUGGGUUGUCUUUGUAUGGAGAUAAAGCAAAGCCCAAGACUUAUGCGGCUCGCUUUUCAUCUCCUGAUGGAUCGGAAGUUGUGAGUGUUUUAAUUCGCCCUUCCAAUCAGCUGAAAAUCACAUUCUUAGAGGCUAAAGAUGUCUCGGAUUUAGGCUCCUUGAAAGACACAGCUAAACUCUUUGUUCCAGGUAGGGCGACAUUAUACUCUGCACGUACAAUAAAAAUCAAAGAAGAUGAAGGUUACAGGACUUAUUACUUCUAUGAGUAUGGCGUUGAUGAACAGCAUAUUGCACUAGUAGCUGCUGUCAACAGCGGGAAGGUAUAUGUUGCUGGUGCUGCUGCCCCACACUCUAAAUGGGAGGAUGAUGGUGUGAAGCUACGUUCAGCUGCUAUAUCACUGUCAAUUCUCUAGUCAUCCAUAAAAAUUUUCUCUAAGAAGAUGAGGCAGAUCAGAUGUUAGACCUGAAAUAGUUGCAAGAUUUUGUUCCAUCCUAAUGAUGGAGACCUCGAGAAGGUUUUUGAUUCCAGUUUGAGGCACAGGCCUGCGCGAGUUUGAUAAAGCUUCCCCCAUUUGCAGAAGCUGGAGUUUUGAGUCCCAUAUCAGCAAAGGUAUUGAUUCUAAAGUCAAGUUCCGGGUCAGGAAAUUUUCCUUGCAAAAUAACCUGAGUUUGGAUAUGACUUGUCAAUAAAAUUUGAUGUUAUGUAACUUUUCAGAAAACUGAUAAGAUCAUCAUUCUCUUAUGCAUCUUGACAUUGUUCAUUACUUAAUGCUAGUGUGAGGAACAAAUGUGAUGAAGCUACACUUGCCAUCAAUUCGACCUGCUGCAGCCACCAAAUUACAUAGUGUGGAUCAUUGAUCAUCUGGUUUGGAUCA